AUGGCGUCGGCACCUGACGGGUCGCGACCCUACUCGCCGGCGUCCCCGUCGUUGCUGGACAGCAUGCUCCCGACCCCGACCAGCCCUACCCCUCCGGCUCCGGGCACUCCCAUGCCCGGAUGGUGGGGAUCGCCUAUGUCAACUCUGGACGCGGCGUGGUGGUCGCCGCCGAACCCUAUGCCCUUCUUCUCGCUGCCGGACGAACUCAUCGCCACCCUAUUACCCUACCUUACCUCAACGAUUUCCUCCCCCACCUCGCCGAUUUACUCCCCCACCUCGCCUAUCUAUUCCCCCACCUCGCCGAUCUAUUCCCCCGUCUCACCUCGCCAUGACUGCUCCGGAUCGACGAACGAUUCCCCACCCCCACCCUCACCGGUUUACCGCGCGGUCCAUUCCCCUACCUCGCCGAAUCAUUGCCCGGGCGAAGAAUUCAACAAGUUGGGUGGUCAUACAUCUCCGGCGCCGGGUUCACCGGUCUAUUGCCACACCCACACCCAGACCUCACCGCCGAUUCAUGGCAACUGCUCAACGGCGGCCGACUCCCCCACCGCGCCAGGUUACUGCCCUGGAGAAUUCAACGAUCAUGCAUCUCAGGCUCUGCUGGGAUCGCCAGCCUGCUCUCCCACCUCGCCAGGUCAUUUUCCAGAAGAAUUCAACGAUGUUUGGGGAGACAUAACUCUGGCGGCGGACAAGGUGCAAGCCCCGGCAUCGCCCGAGUACUGCUACUGUUGUUCGACGACGCUGCAAGAUUGCUGCUGUUCUCAGCCCAGCGACGACGCCCCCGCGCCGUGA